AUGAGCUGUCUGCUGGCCCCGCUCUGUGUGCUGGCCUUGCUGCUAUCCCCCCUCAGUCUGGGGGCCCCCGUCUCUCCAGCUGAGCCCAUCAGUCAAGCCUACAGCCUGGCGCUCUACAUGCAGAAGAACACAUCAACAUUACUGCAGACAUACCUCCAGUACCAGGGUAGCCCCUUCAGCGAACCUGGCUUCUCAGCGCCUGAGCUCCAGCUGGGCAGCCUGCCUCCUGCUGCCGUUUCCUUCAAGACCUGGCACGCCCUGGAUGAUGGGGAGCGGCUGGGCCGUGCCCAAGGGGCCUUCCUGGCUUUGGCCCAGCACCUUCAGCUUGUGGGGGACGAUCAGAGCGACCUGAACCCCGGCAGCCCUAUCCUGCUGGCUCAGAUUGGGGCUGCAAGACUCAGGGCCCAAGGCCUGCUGGGGAACAUGGCUGCCAUCAUGACGGCCCUGGGCCUGCCCGUUCCCCCAGAAGAGGACACUCUUGGGUUGGUCUCCUUUGGGGCCUCCGCCUUCGAGAGGAAAUGCCGAGGCUACAUAGUGACCAGGGAAUAUGGCCACUGGACAGACAGAGCUGUCAGGGACUUGGCUCUGCUCAAAGCCAAAUACCCUGGAUCGAGGAGUUAA